AUGCCCCAAUUGCAGGGCAUCGGGCGACCAUUGUUUGGCUUCCAGUUUGACUCACUGGAUUUGCAAUCAUCAGGGACAAUAAAGUCCACCUCCAGCACAGAACCCAUGGAUGCGACGGAGCUGCAAGACGGGAUUAAUACCGUCCUGGCCUUGCUUAUCCGUACCUUACAAACUUCCAAACAGGACAUCGAGGCCCUGUCGACUGGACGUGCCGUGCCAGAGGGCUGUGUCCCAAUGGGCGGCGAAUCUCUCCUGGCCUAUUUGAACAAUCCUCAACACCUGGAGCAGCUUCUUGGGCUUUCUCUCUCCCGUUCCGGAGGCGGGAUAGGCUCUAUCGAAGCUUGCAGCACUGAAAUACUGGGAUACUCUAUCAAUACGUCCUCGCCUAUGUUCUUGGACAAGCUUUGGGCCACACCAUCAGUUCCUGGAAUCGCCGCAGAUCUUCUCAUGUCAGUCAUUAAUAGCAACGUUCACGUAUUCCGCACAUCACCAGCCUUAUCUAUCAUUGAAAAGCACGUUGCUAAAGAACUGGCUCAUCUCUUUGGAUUAGGCGGUUUAUAUUCAGGUGGCAUUAAUGUACCCGGUGGUGCUGCUGCCAACCAUACAGCAUUACUUAUCGCGCGGAAUAUACGCUUCCCCUACUGCAGGGCUUCUGGCUUGCCCCAGCUAGGACGAAGGGUUGCUGUGUUCGCGUCAGAAGCAGCCCAUUUCUCUAUAAAGACAGCUGUACAGAACCUGGGCCUGGGGACUGUAUCACUAAACGAAAUCGCUGCAUCGCCUAAUGGUUGUAUGGACAUCUCGGCACUCCGGACAGCCCUCGACAAUGCUGUCAGGGCUGGCGAUAUACCACUAGCAGUCUGCGCGACGGCAGGCACCACAGUACGGGGUGCAUUUGAUCCAUUGCAAGACAUCGCGCAGCUCUGCAAGGAUUAUAAUACAUGGUUCCAUGUUGAUGCAUGCUGGGGCGGUGCAGCGAUCUUUUCCGAAAAGCUGAGAUAUAAGCUGGAGGGAAUCGACCAGGCUGAUAGCAUUGCGUAUAAUCCGCAUAAACUGCUUGGGAUUCCACAGAUAUGCUCGUUCCUGUUGGGUCGGGACAUGCGGACCUUUUGGUCCUCCAAUAAUAUAGAUGCAGGCUAUCUAUUCCAUCAGGAUACCGCAUCAAAGUGCCAGUCGAACGGUUGUGGGGCCGGGGCAGAUACGAUGAAUAUCGAGCAGUUCGAACUGGAUUUCGGGUGGCGCAAUACAAAGGCUAUCAGGGCUGCACCAGAUCCUAACAAGGUAUACGACCUGGCAUCAUUCACUGCGCAGUGUGGUCGCCGAUCUGAUGCAGUAAAAUUGUAUUUUCACUGGCAGUACUAUGGCACAGAAGGCCUUGGGCGACAGAUUGAUAUAGCCUUUGACACGGCGUUAUAUCUAGCAUGGGGAAUCAACAAUCAGCCUUGCUUCCGUCUUCUCGGCGACGUCGAGGUACCUGGCCCGCAGGUCUGUUUCUACUAUGUCGGGCAGGGAUAUGAAAGGAUGGCAUCGCACUCCGACGAGAAGCGACAGAAUUCCCAAUUCACGCGCAUGCUAUCUUCCGGCCUUCUAAAGAGAGGCUGGAUGGUUGACUACGCUCCGGGGUCUGAUAAAGAAGGCGAGAUUGGCGAUUUUCUCCGCGUUGUAUGCAAUCGCAAUACAACCGUGAUGGUGGCAGACGGGCUCCUGAGGGCACUUUUACAGACUGUCAAGGAGGAUAUGCAUCGCUGA